GAAGAAAUCUCCACCUCAGAAUGAAUGAAUGAAUCUGUAAAGCCACACCCUCCUCCUCCUCCUUUGAGCAACUUUGAUCCCUUGAUUCAAUUCUCCUCCCCCCCAAAACCAAAUCUCCCUCAUGGCAAUAAUAACUGCCUCCUUGCUCCAACCCGCCCAACUCAAAUGGAACCAACCCCACCCUCUCCCCCUCCUCUCCCCUUCCCGCCUUCUCCUUCUCCCGCCAAAACCCCUCCACCUCAAAUGCUUCUUCUCCUCCUCACCGCAAUCCAAACCGGCGCAGCAGCUAACAGUCAAAGCCGCCAACCCAAUAGAGCUUUUGGCGGACAAGUUCUUAAACGCGGUAAAAGCGCUUAGCAAGCCGGCAAUGGUGGCGGUGUUAUUGGGCCUGGUGCUCAUGUCCGACCCGACCUCGGCUCUGGCCGCGUCGGGUGGUCGGGUCGGGGGGAAGUCGUUCUCGUCGCGGUCGGGUUCGGGUUCGGGUUCGAGUUCUUCGUCGUCGUCGAGGAGCUACUCGGUGCCGAGGACGUCGCGGCCGGAUUUCUCCUACUCUGCGCCGUACUACGCGCCGUCGCCGUUCGGGUUUAGCGGCGGAGGAGGCGGGUUUUUUAUGGGCCCGGCUGUGGGAGUCGGAGUCGGGGCCGGGUCGAGCUUCUUUCUGAUUUUGACGGGUUUUGCGGCGUUUGUUUUGGUUUCGGGGUUUCUUUCGGAUCGGUCUGAGGGGAGUGUGCUUACUGCUACUGAGAAAACUACUGUUAUGAAGUUGCAGGUUGGGUUGUUGGGAUUGGCGCGAGAUUUACAGAGGGAUCUUGAUCGGAUUGCUGAUACGGCAGAUACUUCUACCCCUGAGGGUUUGAGCUAUGUUGUGACAGAGACAACACUAGCUUUGCUUAGGCAUCCUGAUUAUUGUAUCUCAGGUUAUUCAUCGGUGGCUCUGAAGCGGAGCAUAGAGGAUGCAGAGAAAGGUUUCAAUCAGCUUUCUAUUGAAGAGAGGGGUAAAUUUGAUGAAGAGACACUUGUGAACGUGAACAGCAUAAGAAAGCGGAGCUCAACAAGCCAGAGAUCUAAUGGAUUCCGCAAUGAAUACAUAGUGAUAACAAUAUUGGUGGUUGCUGAAGGAGUGCAUAAGUUACCCGCCAUCAAUGGCAGUAACAACUUGAAGGAAGCAUUGCAAAAGCUUGCAUCCAUUCCCUCAAACAAAAUAUUAGCAGUAGAGGUGUUGUGGACUCCUCAGAAUGAAAAUGACACUCUGUCGGAGCGUGAACUACUUGAAGAUUACCCGCUUUUGAGGCCUUUAUGAGCUAACAUUUGGGCUUUCCUGCACUAAACCAGAAAGAGGCAUGUGUCUGAGAUGUACAGAAAUAAUAGUGAAAUACAAAGAGGUCUAUAUAUUUAGCUUAGAGUUUCACCACGUUAACUAUAAAUCUAUAAUUACCUGCGUGGAAGUACAAUUUAGCACACCUGAAACUUUCACUGUAUAACUGGCCAGAUAAAAUAUGGCCAUUUUUUUAGUGUACUGAAAGUUUGUAAUCUUGUAAACAGAGAGGUGUGAAAUAUAGUGUUGGCAAAGAUCUUUUUGAAA